GAAGCACAUAAACAUAAACUGUGUGCGGACCACACUUUCUUCACGGACCUGAACUUAAUGUUCUGUCCUCGUGGAACAUGACUAUCAGUAACUUUUCAAUCGAGUACGAUGCUAUCAAUCCUCAAAACACCUUCACAAACGGCGAUACCAUCAAGGGAAGAAUCGUCGUCGUGGCGUCGAAAGACACCAAAAUCCAAUGGCUGGCUGUGAUUGCCAAAGGAAAAGGAGAAGCUCACUCCACUAACGAAGACAGCUCAUUCAGCGUUUAUGAGACCUAUUACAACAUUAGACAAAUCAUCUCAGAAGAUGCCAGACAAGAUGGCGACACCUUCCCAGCUAUCAAAGUUAUUGGCCAAGGAAGACACCUAUUUCCUUUUUGCUUCAAGAUUCCUGACAGAGGUUUACCGUCAUCGAUAAAGUGCAGUUUGUGUACAAUUGUUUAUAAACUAAAGGCAGAGCUUAAGCAAUCGGGGAAGUUGCUGAAAAAAGCUGAUGAAUACUUCAAAUUUGUCUCCAAACCAGCUUUGGAGAUUUGCGGCCUUACGGCACCUCGUCAUGGUUUCAAGCAGACAAGUGUCAAGGUCUUUGGCUCAGGAACAGUGACCAUGGACGUUUACACUGACAGACUGGGAUACAAGCAAGGAGAGAUUGUCCAAAUCCGAGCUGAAGUUCUAAACCAAUCAACUCGCUUGGCAACACCAAUCAUACUGUUCUAUCUGACGCAGUCCUCCUUUGGCAAUGGUCUCCAAAGUGGAGUUGAAAAAAAGCUCCUUAAAAUGGAGGCCAACCCUGUGGCCUCCGGUAGCAAAGACACAAUCAUCAAGAGGAUCAAAAUCCCCGGAAAACUACCACCCUCCAUUUUAAACUGCUCCAUCUUUAAGAUGGAGUACCAGCUCAGGGUCUAUCUGGAUAUGAAAUACACCGAAGACCAUGGUAUCACGAUACCAGUAAUUGUCCUGCCUGGCGUUCCACAACAGUCUUCUGCAGCUUUUGAGGGCGAAGCAUCAGGGAACCCCAACCACCCAACCUGGAGCAGCACACCUCAACCUUUGGAGCCCCCACCACCCUAUGAAGCACUGUUUCCAUCCAGUACUGGUUCUGACAAUGAUGUAAGCGGACUGUAAAGAAGAAAAAAAACACCAAUAAAAAACGUAUACCAAG